AUGUUAUCAACGAUAAAACUCCUGUUCAUCGCACUGAUUGGCCUAAUUCUGGUCUCAGAAUUCGCACAUGCCAGUCCACACUACUCAUGGUCAUCUAGCCAAAUGAAGUUUAUGCGUCGAUUUGGAGGCUACGGAGGGUAUGGCGGCUACUACCCUGGCGGCUUCUAUCAACCACCAGUCUAUGCUUGGCCUUAUGGAAAAUAG